AUGACACUACUUUUUGAAGGCCUAUCAAAAUCAACGCCUAAUCCAGCGCUUGGGCUUGAGAUAAAAGGGUGGUUGAAGCAGGCUCGCAAAUGUUUUAGCAGGACUAGAAUAAACGCUGGCUCAGAGAACUAUGAAAGAGUCUUAAGACUCACUAAAGAAUCCCCGAAACCAGUGAACGGAAAAUUAAAACAUCUUGCGAAGUCUUUGGGCAAUCCUAAAGGGGCCCUGCACUUAAAGAUUCCGAAGUGGAAGAACUUCAAGACUCACAUCCGCCAGCUUACACACAUGUAUGCCCCUUACAAGCAGCUGUUGCAGAAUUCAAAAUCAAGAAAACAUGUCCCUAGAGUGAGGGGAAAGCAAUUCAUUGAGCUGAGGAAACUUCCUAAUAAGAAAUAUUUCCCAAUUAAGGCAAUUAAAACCAAAAAACACAAGAUUAAACCACUAACGAAUCCGAUACCUAGAGCAACACCUUUAAGCUUAAGGUUACCUCUCUUGGGCCUUAAAGAGCUUCUUAAUGGACUAAUAAGCAAGUAUGUCUUCACCAAAAAACAGGCAAAAAAACUUAAGAAAAGAAGUCAAUUAAAUCGCAAGCCUAAGAAAAUGUAUAAAAGGGACACUAUGAACAAAUCUAAGCUCUUCAAAUUAUCCUUACAACAUCAAAAACAAAGGAGAAAUGAAAUGAAAAAUAAACUGAUAGAAGUGGCUUCAGUGAUGCAGGAGCUUGGCGAGCUAAAAGGUAUAAAGAAUCUUAAAAAGCUAACUGAGAAAAUGCACAGAACGAUUUUAAAGAAGUUAUCACGAAGUGCCAUUAAUUUGCAAACCGAGUAUGGAGAUCUAUUAAGGUACAAUUUUCAAAACAGUGGCAUAAAACGCGAUAAAACUUCAUCAAACAGAACGAUUUUAAAGAAGUUAUCACGAAGUGCCAUUAAAUUGCACACCGAGUAUGGAGAUCUAUUAAGGUACAAGUUUCAAAAAAGUGGCAUAAAACGCGAUAAAACAUCAUUUCCUGAAUCAUCGAAGACAACAGCAAAGAGAAACAGGACUAACGAAAUUAAGUUGACCAAAUCCUGUGGGAACAAAGGAUUUAAUUUCAAGCUAGGCAAAGGACUAAAAGUCCACGACUAUGGUUUCAAGCAUCUCAAGAGGGGAGUUUCAAAACAUGACGCUAUCAAUGAUUCCAAAACACACUCACCCAGGGAGGCAGAAAUUAUUUCUAACCGCAAGGCCUUCCGUACUAUGGACACGAAUCUGAGAACUUCCACUAGACAAACUGCUACUAACAUAUUCCUUAACGUAAACAGACUUAGUGACAAGAAAGUGAACUCAAAGUCAGAACUUUUGGACCAACUAAAUCGAUUGGAAACUUUAAGACAUUUGAAUAGUGAAAAUUUUGAGUACCUUCAGGAAUCUGUUUCGCCGUUGGGCUAUGAGAUUUCUGAAAAACUAAAUAGAACAUUUGCGUCGAUUAAAAGAAUAAAUCAGUCCAAGGCGAAUGCAGCGCAGUUGACUUCAGACGGCAGAGAUUUGCCCUUCGACUUUUUGCCUUACGAUGAUUAUCAAGUAAAUGUGGUUCCCUUUGCCGACAAGAAACCCCAACCUCUUCAUCACCGAAGAAAAAAACGAUCUAAAAGACUUGUCGUUCCCCAAACUGAAGCAGGUACACAGACUCAAUACAAGUGUGAAAUUUGCAGUUCAAUGCAAAAAUAUAAGACCGAAAACAUAUCACCUUUGAUUGUGGAGAUGGCAAUGAAAAGAAAUUUCUUAAAUCAACGGCAAUACUACAUGGAAAAUCUUAAGAAUAAAAAAUCUAAAGUGCCUGAUGUUUUAGAAAAAGGGGAAUCGAGCGAUAUAACUAAAUCUAAUCAAAGCGAUUAUAACCCGCCACACAGAAAUCAUUACAUUGACAAAGAUACACAUUUGGAUUCUCGUUACCCCAAAAUCAUUUCCGAAACCUUUGAGAACCUUACAUCUCCCCUCCGGUUUGAUAACUACACUCGAGAACUAUUCGAGGCUUACAGAACACUCGAUGUGAAUAAAAUACUAUCCCGAUGUUAUCAAACACUUUUUGAAGCCGAGCAACGAACGAACGGAAUAUUUUCUAAUAUUUUUCGACCAUGAAGUACCAAAAUGUAGUCAAUCAAUGAAAAGCAGAAAUGAGCAGAAA